AUGGGAUUGCCACUCGACGAUCCGACGCUGUCGCACACCUCGGUCGCACCGAACACCUCGGAUGCAGCGGACAAGCAAGCCAAGAAGGAUGCCAAGAAGGCUCGCAAGUUGGCCAGAAGGGCCGAACGAGCCACGGCUGAGGAAACCGGCGAUGCGGCUGCCAAGAUGACCGGCGAGGACGAAUCGGAGAUCAAGGUCGAUACGCCCGCGAAUGGGGAGGAGGAGAAGUUGUCCAAGGAAGAGAGGAAACGCAUCAAGAAGGAGAAGAAGCGCAAGGCCCGGGAGGAAGAGGAGGAAGCACCGGCCAACGCCGAGCAGUCCGAAACUUCCGCACCCGUAGCAGCAGCGGAGGAACCGAUCGACGAACCCGCCAAGAAGAAGAGCAAGAAGAACAAGAAAUCUUCUUCAGAACCUACAUUAUCCGCCGCACCCUCGACCGGACCGGCCGUAGCCAGCUCGUCGUCGUCAUCCGAUAUUGACUCGUUCCUCUCGGCGAACCGAAUCACUUUUGAGCCGACCAACGCCAAAGACCUGUACCCUCCCGUGCUGUCGUUCGCUGCUUUGCCCAUCGAGGACGGUCUGAGGAAGGGCCUCAGUGGUUACGCCAAACCAACUCCGAUCCAGUCGGCAUCGUUCCCCGUCAUGAUGGGAGGAAGGGAUGUCGUCGGUAUCGCCGAAACUGGGUAAGGAAGGCGGAAUGAACCAUCUUGCGUUGGGUACCUAAACUCAUAAACUGCUCCAUCUGACUCACAGUUCCGGAAAGACCGUCGCAUUUGGUGUCCCCGCCAUCCAGCACAUUCUCUCACUGCCUCCUCACCCCGCUUCCAAGGGCAAGAAGUCUUCGCCUCCCCCGGUCUCGGUCCUCGUCGUCGCGCCGACCCGAGAACUGGCGAUGCAGACCCACGCCAACUUGGCCUCCGUCACCUCUGCACUUCCAAGCAUCACUUCGGUAUGCAUCUACGGUGGCGUCCCGAAAGAUUCGCAAAAGGCGAUCCUCCGAACGGGCGCACGCAUCGUCGUCGGUACACCAGGUCGAUUGCUCGAUUUGGCCAACGAAGGCGUCCUUGACCUCGGUCAUGUCAGUUGGUUGGUUCUCGACGAGGCUGAUCGUAUGCUGGACAAAGGGUUCGAGAAUGAUAUCAGGGAGAUCAUUGCCAAGUGCUUGCCUUUGCCCGAAGCGUCGUUACCUAAGAUCGCCGGUGCUGGACAGGGGCAAGAGCCCAAGGCUAGGAUGGCGAGUGACAAUUUUUUGGGCUAGCUAGAGCACACCGGAGCUGAUGCCGGAAGGUUCCUUCGUGCAGACGUGCAUGUUCUCGGCUACAUGGCCCACCUCGGUCCGCCGCCUCGCAUCCGACUUCAUGUGCUCGCCCAUCCGUAUCACCGUUGGCAACGACGAGUUGACCGCCAACGUGCGCGUUUCCCAAUCCGUCAUCGUCCUUCCCGACUCGCGACAAAAGGAGCAGCGCCUUCUGUCCGUUUUGUCCCAGCACGGUUUCACCAAAGGUGGUGUCAAGAAGGGUGGAGCGAUCGGUAAAGACCGAGAAAAGGCCUUGAUCUUUGCUUUGUACAAGAAGGAAGCGACGCGCGUGAUGGAGUUCCUCGAACGCCAGGGCUAUGAGGUCGGUUGCAUUCAAGGCGACAUGACGCAAGAGCGAAGGACCAAGUCACUCGCGGAUUUCAAAGACGGUCGAGUGCAACUCCUCGUCGCGACCGAUGUCGCCGCGCGUGGAUUGGACAUCCCUAAAGUCGAACUCGUCGUCAAUCAGACGUUCCCUCUUACGAUCGAGGACUACAUUCAUCGUAUCGGUCGAACAGGUCGUGCGGGAAGGACCGGAAUCUCAGUCACUUUCUUCACCGAGGCGGACAAGGCCCAUGCGGGUGAAUUGAUUCGCGUCUUGAAGGAUGGCGGUCACGAGGUCCCCGAGGGGAUGUAUCAAUGGGGGACGACGAUCAAGAAGCAGACGCAUUCGACUUAUGGCGAUUUCUACAGGGACGACAUUAAGGGCACGUCGAAGAAGAUUCGGUUCGAUUAG